CGUGCCUGUAGCUGAUAACAGCCAUGUCAGCCCAAAAGGACAGAUGGGUUUUUUCCUUCUCUUUCCUGCUCUUCUGUGCUUCCUCCAUCCCGACGCGGGGAAGUGCGAGGCUGCUGCAGGAGCUGAGCCCCCAGGAGUAUUUCAGUAGCUUGCAAGCCGGCAGAGCGUCCCUGGCUUAUUUCAGCCAUAAUGUUUCUCCUGGUGCCCAGCCCUUCUUGGAGCAGAUUGAGAACUCGGCCGAGGCCCUCCAGGACUAUGGCAUUUCGGUGGUGAAGGUUAAUUGUCCCAAAGAGGACGUCUCAAGAUACUGUGGAAAAGAAAAUGCAUUAAGGAAAGCCUACCUGUUCAGAGGUAACAUGCUGAUCAGAGAGUUCCCCACCGAUGCCUUGUUUGACGUGAACUCCAUUGUUGCUAACGUUUUGUUUGCCCUGCUCUUUAAUGAAGUUAAGUACGUUGAAACACUGGCAGAUCUUCAGAACAUUGAGAAUGCGUUGAAAGGGAGGUCGAACAUGGUCUUUGCCUAUGUACCAGCCACUGGGACAGCAGAGCACAGAGCUGUGAUGGAGGCAGCUUUUGCCUAUGGGACUGUCCACCAGUUUGUUCUGACAACUGAGGCAACGCUGUUGAAAGACACUGGCGAUGAUGAGUCUGAUGUGUCGUCUGCUCGGCUGUUGUUCUGUCACUGCCAGCAGGCCACGGACCUGGCGGAGCCCUGCAGGAGGACAGCCAUGGGGCAGACUCUGACGAUGCUCAACAUCCACAGGCACCUCAAACUCAUGGGGGCUCCUCUGGUGACAGAGGUUGCUGAGGACCCAGAGAAGGUUUCCACCGUUCACUUACAGCUUGGGCUACCACUUGUGUUCAUCCUCAGCCAGAAAGAGACCUACGAGGCUGACAGGAGGACAGCAGAGUUUGUGGCCUGGCAGCUCUUGGGGAAAGCAGGAGUCGCCCUUUUGUCCAGGGACCUCGUAGAUUUGAACAUUCUGCUCCGGUCAAACGUCGCUCUCAAGACACCAGAUGAGGGAGUGCCAAUCAAAUACCUGGUCUUGGAAGACACUGAUGAAGUUAUAACCCUGGUGGAAGAUAAGAACAAGAUCGAACAAAUCCAGGAGGAUGAGGAGGAGGAGGAGGAAGAUGAGGAGGAAAAAGAGAAUAACAAUCAAGACAUUCAGGAUGAUCAGGUGGUGGAAGCAGUUUCCAGGGACAAGAAGCGAGAGCUGCCCCUGGAGCAGAUCCUUGUCCUGACAGAGGACACCUUCCACUCUGCCCUCUUGGAGACUGCCCGGACGGUGGUGCUGUUUUAUGCCAGCUGGGAGGCAGUAUCCCUGGCAGUGCUGCGGUCUUACACCGAGGUGGCCGAUCACCUGAAAGGAACUCAGGGGGUUUUGCUCUCUCGGGUAAACUGCUGGGACUGGCCUGGUGUUUGCGCAAAGGAGAAUGUCACCCAGUUGCCUACCAUUAAGAUUUACGAGAAGGGAGAGCGAUCAGUGAUGUACAAUGGCAUGUGGGGAACCGAAGAACUGACCAGCUUCAUCAUGCUGAGCCGAGUUUCCUGCCCUCUGAAACUGGCCACGAUUGAUGAAGCAGAAGGAUAUUUAAGAGGAGAGUUUCCAUCUGAGCUGUCAUCCUAUCACCACACUUCGCUUCUGGGAGUAUUUAGCACAGCCACGAGUGAAGCCAGGGAAGCUUUCGAAGAGGCAGGAAGCAUCUUAAGUGGCCAUGUAACGAUGGGGAUGUAUUUUGAAGAUGAUGCCUUGGCUUUAUCCCGUAAAUACGCGGUGUCUCCCCCAGCCCUCCUCCUUGCCAGGAGCGGAGGUCGGAGCGUGGAAGGCAUCGCUUUGUCCAAGCAGAGCGCGCAGGACAUGGUGCGGACGAUCAGAUAUGAAUCGCUGGACAUUUUUCCAGAAAUCACCGUGCAAAAUCUGCCCCGCUACUUGCAAUUCAGAAAGCCCUUCCUCAUCUUGUUCAGCGAUGGUGACAUCAGUCAAAUGGAAAGCAAGGAAAUGCUGAAGCUGGCAAAAGGAAGACCCCAGGAAGCGUUUGUGGCUUGCUGGUUGAACUUGAAGAAGACGCCAGUGGGACGCGGGGUCCUGAAGGCAUACUUUGCCACCAUGCCUUCGCUGCCUGUUCUCGUCUGGGUGAACCUUCAUGCCGGGGGUCAGGUAUUCAAGUUCCCAUCAGAGCAGUCCAUCACUGAAAUGAACAUCUUGUCUUGGCUGGAGAAGCUAAAAGCAGGACUGGAGAUUCCCAGCAGUACCUUGUCUGAGGAAGACUGGAAACCACCUCUCCCUGCUUACGACUUCCUCCAGAUGAUGGAGACGGCCGUGCCCGAGCUCCCCCUCCACACCUCCCACCGCCGCGGGGACACACCGGAGCGGCACCCGCCCGAAAGCCCAGGAGGGGACACCGCUGUCCGGGAGGAGCCAUCCCAGGAGACCAAGGUGGAGAAAGUCGGGUCCCCUGGGAGGGACCUGCGGGGGACAGCCCCGAGGCUGGCGGCAAGGGAGAAGCAGGGCAAGAGACACAGCAAGCUCUGAGAGCUGGGCAUCCCCCUGCCCGGGGCAGUGAAAGAUGUGGGACGGUGCCCAGAAAACCCUCUCACUUCCCCAGCCCUCUGUGAGCCUUUACACCAAGGAGAGAAGUGCUUUUAGCUGUAAAUUAAUGGUGAUGGGAUAAAACAGCCCCUAAGUCUCAGUGUGAGUUCCCUGCCGCAGAUGUGCCGGUCGUUCUGCGGUGGCUGUGGUUUCUGAUGCCAGAAGCAUGUCUGUACACCCCACACCUUGGCCCCCCCCGGCUGCUGUUGGGAUUGCAAUUCACAGCAAGCGGUGAGAGCAGAUCUGCAGGGAGGUUGCUGCAAGGGAGCUCAGCCCACCCCGUAGCUGGGGGAGAGAUGGGGUGAGCUCGCCGCGCGCUGGAGGCUCGCCCACGCGACGAGCUACGCUGGAAAAGUCGAAUCAGCGCGGCCCUGCUCUACAGUUUCUGUAUGUCUCACAUGGGCGCUUCGGUUGCCCCCGAGCAGGAAGGGGUGAGUGAUUCCAGGAUGAAAAGCACACCUCUCUCCCCCCGGUUGCAGUAGCAGCUCUACUGAUGUGUGUCGGCAAGCCCUGCUCUCGAAAAGAGGUUACAUCUGCACCGUAACCGUGCGGAGCUGGGAGGGCAAGCGUGCCACCCACUCCAGGGCUGCUUAAACUGGCACCCGCUUGUGUUUACACCUGACUUGUGAACCGAAUUCGUGAGCAUGUUCAUCCUCAGGGGGGUAAGAGGAGUAUCUGCUUAAAGCAGUUUUCUUACGAAGGCCAGAGCUCAGGUCAUCACAACAGCCGUGAAUAGCUGGGACAAAAGUCUGCCAGCAGAUCCCAAGGGCAGGCAGGUUGGAAGAUGGCUUUGCUCAAUGCUGGCAUUUUCUUGGUUACAAGCCCGGGGGGUUAUUUACAGCCUUGAUUUUUCUUUGCUCUCGGUGACAGCAGCGAGGUUGGUGCCUCCUGAGCUGAGGACAGUGCGGGGAGUGAGGUCCGCAGAAAGACCAGCGCUUUGGAAACAAGGGGAGGGAGAUGAAGGACAAGGCUGGCAGUGCUGGGGACAGGCUAUCCCGAUGUGGGAUGGAGCUGCUUCACAUCCGUAUCUAGAUGGGGAGACGCAGGGCCUGCAGAAGUGGCUUUCCAGCCUCUGCUCCUCUCCUAGGGACAGCAAAAGGUCUGUCGUUCCUUGCUGGAGAACCUGAGCCUGCAGAACAGCGUGGGCUGCGGGCUGGGGAGAGCCGUGUGUUUGGAGGGAAGCUUUGUCUAAUCCCACCCAUGCCAUGACGAUCUUCCCACCCCCUUCAAGAAACAUCUGCUCCUUUCCACAGUACUGCCGAGGUGUGCCGGGAGGGUCGGAUCCUCCUCACGGCUCUGAAGUUACUGGGGAGGGGAAAAAUUGAUGGUAAGGAACUGCUGAGAGCAUUGUAAAGUCUGUAUUUCUCAUCCUGCAAGCAGCCCACAUGGUUGGGAGUAUUUUGAAAUGCCCAGAAAUAGACCAUUAGUCCUGGGCUCUCCUUGAAGCCCUUAAUUGAAACAGACCAUUUUUGGACUUAAUGACAGCGUUAGAGCCAAAAUGUAUGUAUUUAAAGUAAUAAACUGUAGUAUGCAGAUCGGAGCCUGCCAUGCAGCCAAGUAUUCCCAAGGGAAAGCGUAGGUCAGGGCGCGAACAGAUCCUCCGUGAGUUCCCGUCAUUCCUCUGCUGUAUAAGGCCGUUACGCUGCGCUCUGCGAGCUGUACGUCGGUCGUUUCCCGUCCUGUCCCUAAUGACGCCGCUGCUGCUGUUGCAGCAUCGCUCUCCCACUGUGGUGCAGGUGAAGUGC